GGUAACACGAGUUGCUUCCUUCGCAUGGAUUAUUACCAAUGCUCAACAGAAGACCUUUUCACAGAAGCACAGCGCCGCGGUUUUCCAAGGCUUUGGAGCUCUCGGGACCAGCUCAGCGAGGCCUUGAUGCAAGAUGACGAAGCAAAGGGAUCGGAUUCGACCACCGUUUCUACAACGGACCACGGCGCUUUCAUACCGCGGACUGUCAGUCUGGAACACACUGCGGAAUUGGACAAAACCAAUUUAGCCAGUCAAUUGAUCAACGAGAGCGCGUCUACCAAGUGUGUAGUGCAAGAGGAUGGCAGAGCUGACUAUGCCCAGAGAUUAUUUACUGGACGAUGAACACUUUCUUUCCCGCACUGCAGCUCUUCUUCGAGUCGGGUUCGUCGUGUACCAUCGACUGCGGGAGGUUCCCGGACGCAUCCCUUGGGCUGGAUCCCGCGCUCCGAUUCAGACUGACGGAUUGUGCACACGAAGAAGAAGGUCGCGUGGUUAACAGCAUACUGCCUCGACGUUUCGCACAUUCUGGUACCGGUCUCGUCAUACAAGAAGCAGUAAUCGCCCAGCGCACGAGUAUUGUUUUCAAGAAGCUUUUAUAUCCACAGAAAGUCCAGCUAUGGCGACCAGGCAUUGUUGUCCAGCCCAAGAUUACAAAAGAGGUGCACACAGUCGUUGGGCUCAGGCUAAGGGGAAUGAACAAAACAGCGUACAUAUGGGCGAAGACUGCGGUGCCUUCCGGAGGGAGGGUGUGGGGAGACGUGAGGUCAUCUGGCCUACGAGACGAUGUGCCUGUCCCCAUACUCCCUUCUGUAGAGGAGGGGGAGCCGGGCGCUCAAAGAGUUGUGGUUAUUAAGGACAGCCUGAUCGCGCGCAAUCGCCUGGGCGAUAGGGAUAUGGGAACCUUCGAGGCUAUUACACCAGAAGAAUCCGAGUAAUUGUACCGGAGUUUUACGUUGCGACACAGCUGGCGGUGCAACGCGACGAUGUCGGAAUAGGUGUCUGGUAGUAAGUUAGCUUGGCAAGUAGCCAUCUAUCUUCCAAGGUCCCUCCAGAUGCAUGUGAGGAUAUCCACUCGGGAAGAUCCGGCCAAGCCUGAGUAAUAUGUGUCUGGAGCUGGCUCGUGAUCGAACGAUAACCGCAUGCUGACAAAAGUCGACGUUGUAUAUCCUAAGCCCAAUCGUAGUGGGACUGCGAGUAAUCUCGGGCGAGUGUCCAAAAUAGAAGGACCGGAAGCGGAUGUAAGGAUCGCGAAGUGGGGUACUGAGUCGAUCCAAGGCGCCGGCACAGCUAUAAAGACACUAAUUCCCAC